AAUGAAAUUGAAAUAGCUGCUACAUUCCAUGUACAACACCGGGCUCUGCGGUGUUGCAGCCUGUCAUACUACAUCAAAAUGGCCACAGCGGUGCAGAACCCUCUCAAAUCGCAAUCUGGAGGUGCAGUCAUCAAGAACAGUCUUGGUGAGGAGUUUUACAAGGAGGCCAUCGAACACUGUCGCAGCUACAACGCCCGUCUUUGUGCAGAGCGCUCCAUGAGACUCCCCUUCCUGGACUCCCAGACCGGCGUGGCCCAGAGCAACUGUUACAUCUGGAUGGAAAAGAACCACCGUGGUCCAGGUCACGCUCCUGGUCAGCUGUACACAUAUCCUGCUCGCUGCUGGCGCAAGAAGAGGCGGCUAAACAUCUUGGAGGACCCACGGCUUCUACCGAUUGAGUUCAAGAUUGAUUACGAGGCUUCAUUAAAGAAAGAGGGGGGGAUCCCAGACGGUCCUGUGUUGGAGUCACUGCUCGCUGGUGAAACCCUGGACAAGAAGGUGGAAACCAAGGAAGAGGAGCCCAUGAGUGAAUGUCAGAAGCUGCUUGUUGGGGAUUUUCCACAUGAACUUGAGGUGGACGACAUAGAAGAAGACGUGCCGAAGCGCAAGAACCGUACAAAAACGCGGGCUUAUGGUGUUGGAGGCAUGAGAAAGAGACUAGAGCUGCCCACCAUUGAAGACCGAGACAAGCCUUACGUCUGUGACAUUUGCGGAAAGCGAUAUAAGAACCGCCCAGGCCUGAGUUACCAUUACACUCACACACACUUGGCUGAUGAAGAGGGUGAAGAAGACUCAGAGCGACACACGCUGCCCUUCCAGCGCAAGAGCAACCACAAACCCAAAAAAGCACCGGAUGGCUCAGUCAUCGCCAACGGCUACUGCGACUUUUGCCUCGGAGGCUCAAAGAAGACUGGCUGUCCUGAAGACCUGAUCUCCUGUGCAGACUGUGGACGUUCAGUUCUGCUGGUAUACUCAAUAGCGAAUCCAAGCAACCAGAUUUAUGGACAUUCCGACCGGUCCGUGCUCAAUUUAACGUUCUCCAAGAUUGGAUCCUUCAUGAUGGACCAGCUGUUGUUCUGUGAUGAUUGUGACAGAGGCUACCACAUGUACUGUCUUAGCCCCCCCAUGUCUGAACCACCAGAGGGGAGCUGGAGCUGUCAUCUGUGUCUGAGGCAGCUGAAGGAGAAGGCUUCGGCCUACAUCACCCUCACUUAA